AUGUCGUUCCGUCGCUUCACGCCGCCUGACGCGAGAUCGACGCGCCGUGGUAGGAGCCAGCUGCUCGGCGGCACACGCCGUCGCACGACGCUGACCAUCGCAGCCCUCCUCGCGAUCUGCUAUACGUUGUUGACGUGGCCAGCCGCCGCCGCGCCUCUGCCCGGCUUGCAUCUCGAGCCACGCGCCGCGCAGCUCGAGGAGCGACGAUACGCGUGCAUACAGGGUCAGUGCAAUGUCUGCCGCUUCGGUGCCGGACACCUGCGCGGUCGCGAGGCGCUUGAGUCAGAGAAGUCGCAGCAGCGUGUCAAUGGCACCUUCGUCUCUGCGGCGCAGCUUUCGGCAGAGGGCGUGCGCUUCUUGCAGGUCGGUGGCGACUGGUGGAACAAGUGCGGCGACGGCUGGCUCAAUGCGGACAUGGUCUUCACGCGGCUUCCGAGCGGAGUGGUCUGCGAGGACUGGCGGACGGGGCGGCUCAUCAUGCGGCUCGUCGCCGGGCAGGGGCUGCCCUUCGCCGACGGCUCCUUCGACGCCGUCUACUCGGAGCACAUGUUCGAGCACAUCCUGCCGCGGGACGGUAAUAGCGCGGCCUUCCUCGCGGAGGCGUACCGCGUGCUGCGCCCGGGCGGCGCUCCUUGCCCUAGAUGCGGAACACAUUGGCAAGGAGUAUCUGAGCAACUCCAGAAGAGGCACACGCGUCAUUCAGCCACACUCAACAGCCGCGGUCUUGAGCGGUCGACAGGCAUCCUCCGAAUCACGACGCCCGACUUGGACAAGCGCUUCCCACCGAUGGGCGGGCUGGGCGAGCCCGCCUCGGCAGCGACGGUCAUCAACAACAUCUUUCGCAACUACGAGCACCGAUGGAUCUACGACUUCGACGAGAUGCGGCGCGGCCGCCGUCGGCCAGCGAUCAAGGCGACCGAGGCGACGGGGACCGCGCGGCAUCAGGCGGGCCGCCGCGAGAACCCGACCCGCUGCUGGCUGGAGCAGGAGGUGCGUGAGGGCGAGAGCCUCUACGUCAGCAUCGUGAAAAUGUGA